UCGUUGAAGCCGCUUUUUUGGCUCCGGAGCUCCAAGCGAGAGAGACGCCAGCGCCGAGCAACUUCCAGACACUGUGAGCGAGAAAGGACAUAAAGAAGGAGGAAGAGAAAGACUGCCACAGAUAAAGAAGAGAGAAUAACUUAACACAGGAGAAGAGGACUGACCGGGAGCCUGAAGAGAUGGCUGAGGCACUUCAGCAGCAGCAGCAGCAGCAGGAGGAGGAGGAGGAGCAGCCGAGCAGUGUGGAGACGACGGAGGCUGAUGAAGGGUCCGAGGAACCGAAGGAGAGUGUCCGGACGACCCCGAGCCGACCUCUGCUGUCCAUGAGGUCCAUGAGUAGCGUGGACCCGGACGAUGACUCCCCUAACAUGAUUGUCUACAGAAAGAUUGAAGACAUUGUCACUAACAUCCAGGAUGAGACGGAGGGUGUGCCCAUCAGAACUGUCAAAAGUUUUAUGACCAAAAUCCCGAGUGUUGUCACAGGUACUGAUAUAGUACAGUGGCUGAUGAAGAAUCUGUCCAUCGAGGAUCCUGCUGAGGCCAUGCACAUCGGGAGUCUCAUCGCAGCUCAGGGGUACUUCUUUCCUAUCUCAGAUCACGUCCUCUCCCUCAAAGAUGACGGCACUUUCUACCGUUUUCAGGCACCAUAUUUCUGGCCAUCCAACUGUUGGGAGCCUGAGAACACAGACUAUGCUAUUUACCUGUGCAAGCGGACCAUGCAGAACAAGACCAGGCUGGAGCUGGCCGAUUACGAGGCGGAGAACCUAGCCAGGCUGCAGAGAGCUUUUGCCAGGAAGUGGGAGUUUAUCUACAUGCAGGCUGAAGCCCAGGUCAAGAUCGACAGGAAAAAAGAUAAAACUGAGAGGAAGAUCCUUGACAGCCAGGAGAGAGCCUUCUGGGACGUCCAUAGACCUGUGCCUGGCUGUGUCAACACAACAGAGAUGGACAUCAGGAAAUGUAGACGCAUGAAGAACCCCCACAGAGUUAAGAAGUCAGUGUACGGUUUGGCGGAGGAGGGAACACAGUCUCAGAGUCCCAUACACACUCCUUCACACCACUGCAGGAAAGGCACCAAGGAAGAUGUGGAGAAAGAGAUCUUAUUCCUGAACACACAGCUAGAUCGUCACCGUAUGAAGAUGUCUAAAGUUGCUGAAAGUCUGAUAAGCUACACUGAGCAGUACAUGGACUAUGACCCAUUUGUGACGGCACAAGAACCAUCCAACCCAUGGACCAGCGAUGACCCCUCCCUCUGGGAUCUGGAGGCCAGCAGUAAGGAGCCCAGUCAACAGAGAGUGAAGAAGUGGGGUUUCUCUCUGGAGGAGGCCCUGAAGGACCCAGCAGGACAGGAGCUCUUCCUCAAGUUCCUGGAGUCAGAGUUCAGCUCAGAGAACCUGCGGUUCUGGUUGGCUGUGCAGGACCUGAAGAGGAUGCCCCAGCAGGAAGUGGCACAGAGGGCAGAGGACAUUUGGGCAGAGUUCCUGGCGGAGGGAGCACCCAGCUCCAUCAACCUAGACUCCCACAGCUACGAACGCACGAGCCAGAACCUAAAAGACCCUGGACGAUACAGCUAUGAGGAUGCACAGGACCACAUCUACAAGCUGAUGAAAAGUGACAGCUAUACACGCUUCCUGCGCUCCAAUGUGUACCAAGACCUGCUGAUGGCAAGGAAGAAACCUGAAACAGAGCAGGGGCGACGCACCUCCCUGGAGAAGUUCACUCGCAGUGUGGGAAAGUCACUGACAGGCAAACGACUGACUGGCCUCAUGCAGUCGUCCUGACAAGGCCUGGAUGAAGAGUAGGAAGAACCAUGCCCAGAAGAGCUGCUUACCCCCGGGCAGCCGGAGGAUAAGGACUCUGGGGUGUUUGGGUGUGGCUGUAGUAGGCCGGUAAGGGCGCCAAACAAGGCCAGACCGCCGGACUGGACCGCCACCACAUUUGAAACUCACCUCAGAACAGUUCAAGAGGACUGACAGCAUGCAAUAAGUCACCAGACCUGACACCAGGACAGUGCUGUCACAGUGUAGAUGAUAAACAACGCAACUCUUCUUAGGAGGUUUCCACUCAAAAUCCUGCACUGCGCCAGGCUUUGUUGUUUCUCUCUCGUUU